AUGACUACCAUCACCGUCGCUCGAGCAUUCGUUAACGGCUGGAUCUCAAGGUUCGGAGUACCAGUCAACGUGACGACUGAUCUUGGUCGUCGAUUCGAGUCGGAGCUCUUCCGUGAGCUGAACACAAUACUUGGGAUAACACAUCUUCGCACAACGCCAUACCAUCCCCAGGCAAAUGGACAAAUCGAGAGGACUCAUCGCCAACUAAAAGCAGCGAUUAUGUGCCACCAAAACGCUAAGUGGACAGAGUCGUUACCACUCGUGCUCCUCGGAAUGAGAACCGCCCUCAAAGAAGAACUUCAAGAGACGAUCGCUGAUCUCACCUAUGGCACUUCAUUGCGUUUGCCAGGUGACUUCUUCGUCGAUAAUCAACUGGAACAACCGUCAUCGGAAUUCGUGGCCGACCUGAAAAAAGCCAUGAAUAAGCUGCGACCAACGCCUACGACCAACCACGCCAAGAAUGCAACCUUCAUUCAAAAGGAUCUGCAAACCUGCAGCCACGUCUUCGUCAAGGUAUGUGCCAUUAAGCCUCCACUGAGUCAACCUUUUGAUGGCCCAUACCGAGUACUUCGCCGGAAGAAAAAGGUAUUCAUCAUCGAUAUCAACGGCAAGUGUUCGCCGAUUUCAAUUGAUCGCCUGAAAGCCGCAUUUAUCGUACCCGACGAGCCAACUUCUUCAACCAACUCAACCCAGCCUUUGGAUGUCACCGAUGACAGCACCCCUGCAAUUCGAACCCGUUCAGGACGCCAGGUCAAAAUACCAUCCAAAUUCUGGAACCAUUAA